GCCCGCGUGGAAGAGGCCGGUGCGCCCAAUGGCCGACGACCGCUGUCUUCACCCGGCUGCUGCCGGUCAAACCACUUCCCUUCCUACACUUUUCCUUCCUAUAUACAGCCGACCACCUGCAGUCUCCCCUCUGCGCUCCACCGUCUCUAUCCCGUCGAACGCGAGAACAGUAGAUAAAAUCGGGAGCAGAAGCAAGGAUUUGGGUCGGAUCAAGGGACCCUGGAGCCCGGAGGAGGACGAGGCGCUUCGGAAGCUGGUGCAGCGCAACGGGCCAAGGAACUGGUCGCUUAUAAGCAAGUCGAUCCCGGGGAGGUCGGGGAAGUCGUGCCGGCUCAGGUGGUGCAACCAGCUGUCGCCGCAGGUGGAGCACCGCCCCUUCACGCCGGAGGAGGAUGAGACCAUCAUCCGCGCCCACCGUCACUUCGGCAACAGGUGGGCCACCAUCGCUCGCCUCCUCUCGGGCCGGACCGACAACGCCGUCAAGAACCACUGGAACUCCACCCUCAAACGCAGGUAUUCGGCCUCCGCUACUGCCGUCGACGGCGGUUUCGUCGUGGCAGCCGAUCGGGAGGUCGUGUCGGCGCGGCCUCUUUUAAGAACAAGCAGCGACGGACUGGUCCUCUCUUCGGGCGGUGCGGUACUCUGCUUGAACUCCGAAAGCCCAUCGGGAUCAGAUGUCAGCGAUUCUAGCCACCACAGUCUUCCCAUGAUCUCUCCGGUCUCCACCGCUUCUCACGUCUAUAGACCGGUGCCGAGAACAGGAGGUGUGGUACUCCCUUCAUCAUCUGCUCCCAACCAUCAUCUGACGGAGCCCUCUAUCGCAGCCACAGCCACAUCCCCUUCCCCAAUUACCAUAAAACAUCCGUUGACUUCUCUAAGCCUCUCUCUCCCGGGAUCCGAUCCGAAGGAUACUUCCGAUGGCCACCACAGCGCCGAUAAUGACUACAGCAACCACAAGCAGCUCGAGCUUCUGCCGUCCGUGCCGACGCCCCUGCAGGCGCGGUUGCCGUCUCCGACGACGAGAUACGCGGACGCCACUGGUGCCGCUACAUCGUCUGAUGAGGACGAACGACGGUGGCAUGCGCCGUUUCCCUUCGAUGCGGAGUUCCUGACGGUGAUGCAGGAGAUGAUCCGCGAGGAGGUGCGGAGCUACAUGUCGAGCUUGGAGAAGAGCGGUAUGACGUGCGCGCAGUUUCCGCUGGCGUCGGAUAACGUCCGUAAUACCGUCAUCAGACGGAUCGGCGUCAAUGUCACGAGGAUGGAGUAGAUUAUGAGCUUUUAAAUCGAAGGAAAAGACGACAAUGUUCAAAGUCCAUCGGGGAAAGAAGUAGAAGAUGGAAAAGAACUAUAUGAUGUUUCUCUGCAAUGAAAUGAGUGGGCGAAAUGCAAGAGAUCCAGUUAGUGCAAAUGAAAGAAGGUGAAAAUAUUCCUUUCAAUUUUUAUGCACAUAGUUUGGCUUACUCCGGAAUAUUUUCGCA